GCUCCAGUUGUGAUAAAGAGUGUUGACUCCUUAUUUGAAGCUGUUUUGACACUUCGACGGUUGAAUUGCUCAGGGACGAUCAACGACCAGAUGUGACGCCAUACGAUUGCCGAUAAUACGAACUGCGAGGCGCACGCCUCGCAGUUUGUGAUCUAUGAUUGACGGAACCAGCUUUUAGACUGAUUAUGGACUGACUGAUUGAGAGGCUGGCUUACUGACUGUUAAACUUCUCAUUGAACUGGCUACUAAACAGAGUUGGGGAUUGAGUGAAGGACUAACUAUCGAACUCCUUAUUCAACCUACGUUUGAGCUGACAUGUGUAUUGACUAUUAAACUGACCAUUGAACUGAUCUUUGAGUUAAUUUAGGGUCAGCUUCCUCGAACCUAUAUAAUGGAAGGGAUUCAAUAAUCUUCGGAAGGGAUCUUGCCUUUUUUCUGAUACCCUUCAAGCCCUUCGCCCAAGAUACAGUUGUCCACGAAUAUUCUUCAUAUCCACGGGCGCCCAAAGUUUAUGCCACCGCCCCGUGGAAAGUUUAACUCCUUUUCCAAAGGUUCACCCCAAGGCUUUCAUUCAUUAUAUAUAUAUCUCAAGCCCACACGAGAUCUGGCCUCGCCAUUUCAUGAAUAAAGACACAGUUGCUUAGCGGCUAUUACUCUCGUCCAACGCCGCUUUCCAUUUCAUCAUCCCUAAUAUCAGCAAUAAACAGACGUUCUGAUACUUACCGGUGAGAUGGGAAUUCUCAAGCGGGUCUACCGCUUCGUGGGAUCCUUCAGUCUGCUUAACAAGCGGAACAAGAUCCUCAUACUCGGACUAGACAAGGCUGGGAAGUCGACAUUACUGAAGGAGCUGGCUCGUCGUAGACCGGGAGGUUUCCAACAUAUACUACAUCCCACAUCAGAGGAGCUAGUGAUCCAGGAUGUCAGGUAUGUGGCCAUUAAUUACGGUGGCCAACAGCAAGGCCGACCUCUCUGGAGCGACCAUCUCAAUGAUGUCGUCGGAAUCCUCUUCCUCGUUGACGUAGCGGAUCAUAAGCGAUUCGGCGAGGUAAAGGCCGAGCUCGAUGCUCUGCUGGCUACGAACAAAAUGCAGAAAAUUCCGAUCGUGGUGUUAGGAAACAAGAUCGACCAUCUGUAUGCCGUCUCAGAGGAGGAAUUAUGCUACGAGCUCGGCUUGGAGCGCAUCUGUGGUCGGCCUAUUAAGCUGUGUAUGUGCUCCCUCGCCUUGAGACAGGGUUACGGGGAGGCAUUGCGAUGGCUCGCACACCAUAUUUAGUUUGGGAAAUAUAAUGGGAAAUAUAAACAUAAUGAAAUUCUUUUAAGUCCGGCGUAAAUACUGUGCGAUGCUGCUAUUUCUAGGAAAGUAAGAUUGUUAAUU